AUGUUCACCACGGUGAUGAACCGAUACCAGCAAGAAGAACCGGCCCUGAAGCUUUUUCAUUUGCGAAACUGCCUUGUCGGAAAGGCGGCUGGUAUCAUCGACGAUGAGCUGGUAAACAACAACGACUACGAAGCUGCCUGGAAGGUUCUCACUCAGCGGUAUGAAGACAAAAGAGUGGUUGUGGAUAAGCACAUUGAAAACCUUUUCAGCUUACCCAAGAUCAACCAGGACAAUGCUUCGAGCCUUCGUAAAGUGAUUGACACCUGCACUAAAAACGUUGAGGCGUUGAAGAAUCAGAACCUUCCGUGGCCCAUCUCGAGCGAACAGGUGCUGGCCGACCCUACCUUCAACAGAAGAGGACCUGUCGAUAUGCUGUUUGGCGCUGGAAGUUUUUGGAACCUGAUGCUUGACGGCCGAUGUGAACUCGGCCCGAACCGACCUACGCUGCGAUACACAAAGCUGGGUUGGAUCGCUGGAGGUGUGAUCGCGAGCGACACGACGGUCGUUGCGCGUACACUUUGCCAAACUGCUGACGAUGAGCCGCUCAUCGAACUGCUGAGGAACUUCUACAAGGUAGAAUCCUGCGACGAGCUCAGCCCUUCCCCGAAGGCGGAUGACGAAGUGUGCCUGGAACACUUCCGGCGCACACACGAGCGAACUGAGGAGGGACGGUAUGUAGUACGAUAUCCGUUCAACGAACGUAAACGCGAGCUUGGCGGCUCGCGAGACACAGCGCUGCGACGUUUUCUGGUUUUGGAGCGAAAACUUGACAAGCAGCCGGACUUAAAGGAGCAAUAUUCGCGGUUCAUCCGAGAAUAUGAGGAUCUCGGACACAUGCGCGAGAUUGUGGAAACACCCAAUGACGACCCAGGAUCGGUGUUUUAUCUACCGCACCACUGCGUGCUGCGGCCUACGAGCACGACAACCAAGCUGCGAGUCGUGUUUGAUGGAUCAGCGAAGACGUCAACCGGCGUCUCGAUCAACGACGUUUUGUUGACUGGACCGACGGUUCAGAACGAUCUUACUGCAAUUUUGCUUCGUUUCAGAGGAUUUCAGUACGUCUUCACACUCGACAUUCCGAAGAUGUUUCGUCAAGUGGUGGUCCAUCCGGAUGACACAAGGUACCAGCGAAUCUUUUGGAGGUACAAUCGGAACGACCCACUUACGGUGCGAGAGCUGCUGACAGUUACGUAUGGCUUGGGACCUUCCCCGUUUCAAGCAACCAUGGCUCUGAAGCAAGCUGCAGAAGAUCAUCACGAUGAGUUCCCAAGGGCCGCAGAGGUGGUCAAUAGGGAGACAUACAUGGAUGAUAUCCUGACUGGUGCCGAUACCCUUGCUGAGGCUUGCCAACUACAGCGAGAUGUGACUGGACUACUAGCGAAAGCCUGCUUCAGCGCUCACAAGUGGUGCGCCAACCAUUCAGAUAUCGUUUUUGGUGUAGCUGAAGAACAUCGAGGAGACACUUUCGAGGUUACGGACGACACCUCGAAGACCAUCGUUAAGACACUGGGCGUGACAUGGAACCCGUUGGAGGACUGGUUCUCGGUGUCCGUUCCUGACUUUGACAACCCAGAAGGAAUGACUCGAAGGAAACUUCUGAGUCAACUGGCCAAAAUCUUCGACCCACUUGGAUUCUUUGGCCCAGUAAUCACCUACGCGAAGCUGAUCUUGCGAGAAGUAGGUGAACUACAAAUCGAUUGGGACGACUCCAUCCCAACCGAAAUCGACGAGAAGUGGCGAAACUUUCGGACCGAGAUGACAUCACUGAGGGAAAUCCGAGUUCCGAGAUGGAUUUCCUGGAAGGAUGUGUUCCAGCUGAGACUACAAGGGUUCGCUGACGCAUCCGACCAAGCCUACGGUGCCUGCUUGUACGUGCAGGGCACUUUCACCGACAAGGAGUCCAAGAUGCAGCUUGUUUGCAGCAAGUCUCGGAUCCUACCGAAAAAACGAAGUCCGAAGGAGAAGGCCAUCACGACCCCUCGAGCCGAACUGUUAGCGGCACUGUUACUGGCUCGAAUGGUCGUGAAGUUCCUGAACGCUACGGAGCUUAAGUUUGAAUCAGUACAUCUUUGGAGCGACUCCAAAAUCGUCUUGGCUUGGGUCAAGAAAACGCCAGAACUACUGCAGACAUACGUAUCAAAUCGGAACGAUUGCGCUACGAAAAAGAUCACCAACUAUUGCGUCGACAAGGGUAUUGACUGGUCGUUCAUACCACCACGAAGCCCACACUUUGGUGGCAUUUGGGAGGCUGGUGUGAAGCAGGUCAAAUACCACCUAAAACGUAUUGUUGGCGAUAGGAAGCUGUCUUACGAGGAGCUUUACACGACAUUGACCCAGAUGGAAGCGGUACUAAACUCUCGUCCCUUGGUAUCGAGUUCAGAUGACCCAUCCGACUACACUGCGAUUACGCCUGCACAUUUCCUGAUCGGACGUGAGAUGCAGACGGUUCCUGAACCUGACUACUCUACCUUGAAGGAAAAUCAUCUCUCACGAUGGCAGUUAGUGCAGUCCAUGCUGCAACACUUCUGGAAACGAUGGACCGCCGAGUAUUUGCCGGAGCUGCAGAAUCGAUCGAAAUGGCUGAAGCGGAAGGUGAUUAAAGUAGGAUCACUUGUGCUACUAGCUGACCAGAAUGCGCCACUACUGCAGUGGCCACUUGCCAGAAUCGUUGCCGCACACCCUGGAGACGAUGGUACAAUUCGUGUCGUUACCGUUAAGACGGCGAAUGGAGCGGAAUUCAAGCGUGCGGUAACUGAGGUCUGUUUUCUACCGUUAGACGAGGAUGAAAAUUGA